CGUCAUUUCCGUUCGAACGACAGACUCCUACUUGUCGCGAGCUGUAAGAAUCCAUCUUGUCAUGCGGAUAAUUCCGAAGUCGUGAUGCAUCCUUCAAUUCUAAGUCAUGGUGCCCUACCAGAAAUAAUCAGAUGCAGCACAUGCUGCCGCCUGUAUCAUUGCCCGCUUUGUCCUAACUUUAGGCCAGCGAAGCUGAACAGACUAAAGAUCCACCUGGAUGUGCAUAUAAAAAAUGCAGUGUUUUUCCAAAACUUAAGAAUUUGCAGAUGCACGCUACCUUGUAGAAAGGAUGGUCAUUUCCACUGCCCUAGGUGCAGUGAGACAGUGAUUAAAAGAAACACUUUUGUGGAGCACCUGGAAAAGUGCAGCGGUGUGACCAAAAAGACUGAGUCCUCAUGCUUACUUCAGACAGCCUUACCUCCCAUUCCAUUGCUUCAACAAGCAAAAUCUUCCUCUCCACAGCCUGAAGGGGAUCAAUGUUUCCCUCAACUAAAGAAAGAAGUAGAACCUUCCCAUCUGCCCUCAUUCAGAAAACCAGUAAAGGUGAAAUGUCCACACUGUUCACUGCUGUUACAUAAAAAGAAUCUACAUACUCACAUUACUAGGAAGCAUUUAUGCACACCAAGAGAUGUGAAUAGGCAGUCACAUUUUGCCAGUGUUUGUGUUGAUACAAAAAAUGGUAUUGCUGCAGUUCAAAAGUCAGGACAUGGAUUUUCAACACCUAUUCAUGUUAAAAAAAAAUUAAGGCCAACAAACAUGAGGUAAUGUGUGAACUGGAGGAAUGCUGGCAAUAUCAGCUAUUAGUACGCAGGAGUCGUCUUGUGUUCAGUGAGUGCCACCACAUACGUUCACUGGAAUACUGCACAGAAGUAGCGGAGGAAGAGAUUCUACAUGCAAGAGUUUUGGAUGAAAUGGUUGCAUGCAAGUUCUUUGCAGCAGCAAAGAAGGCAGUGUGCUUGAAGAGACAAAGGUUAGCAUUGAAAGCUGGAGCACCUUUUUCUGUCCUUGUUGAUCUUGGUGGGUCAAAGUCUUAUAUUUGUUUAUCCAUCCAUGACUCCACAACAUAUUUCAGUCGCCUUGGAAGAAUGAUGGUUACGUUCAGUAUGAAGAACAACACGUGGCAUUGUCCAUGUGCUAAGCCACAUAUGUCAUGUCCUCAUAAGAACAUUGCAAAGUGGCACAUCUUUCAAAUUAACAGGAACUUGUUCAGAACUCAGUUGGAUUCAAAGCCUGACACAGCUUCACAGUCCAAACAGGAACAGGCAACAGAGGACUUGAAGAGGGCAGUGAAAUACAUUUAUGAAAGAAAAAAAAUUCCAGCAAGUCUUCCAGAGGACACAACUGCAAAACCACCAUCAGACUACCCAUCAGAUUUAAUUCCAGCGGAGACUUCAUGUGUCCUUUGCUCAAGCAGUCCAAAGUUUGACAUGCCAGUGAAUAUUACAAAUAUGGCCAAAAUAGUAACAACCCUUGGAAUUGCUGAAAAUAUUUCAACCUACUUUAAGAGAUGUCCUGAGUGUCAGAUGACUUACCGUUAUCAGGAGUGGCAAGAUGGACUUCAUAACUUUGAUGAUCAUCUUGUGUUGAGCCUUGAACUAUGUCUUUAUUUAAGACACAGUCUUCAGGUAAAUCUGUGUGAAGAGGAUUUUUUUGUUGCACUGUGGCUUUGA